AUGGUGUUUCACUGUGUCAAAAAUAAGGGAUCCUUCUGCCCGGAGUUUUUCCUGACAACUUUUAUUUUAAUCCACUUGGACUUGACGUUCCUAGAAGUCCGACAAUCAGGGGUGGAAGGUCGAGUUGCUACCUUCGGAGAAGAGGUUCAUCCUAAUGGGGCCCAGGCGGUCGACCACACAGCAAGUGGGCUGUUGUAUGAGGGGGAUAUCAUCUUGACGGAAGAACAAAGACUAGAACUGACCAGUGGUAGAGUCAAACGUGAAUCCACCAAUAAGAGAAUACGACGCAAAAUAACCACCAACCUAUCGGAACGCUGGAGCCUUCCGAUUAACUAUACAUUUGAUGGAUCACAUGUGGGAUUUGUGAGUAACCAUAGCAACCAGAGGAUUUCCAUCGGAGAAGAUUGUUUGUGGAUGGGGACGAUCGCUCACGAGAUUGGACACGCUGUGGGCUUCUGGCACGAGCAAGCGAGACCCGACAGAGACGACUACGUCACGGUUUUGAUAAAAAACGUCAUACCCGAUCGACGAUACAAUUUCCAGAAAUCCAACUGGGGGGAAGUGAUGUCAUACGGAGUUCCGUAUGACGUGGGGUCUCUGAUGCAUUAUGGGUCAAAGUUUUUCAGUCUCAACAAAAUGAGGACAAUAAAGACGAGAGAUCCCCGGUUACAGCGUGUUGUGGGUCAGCGAGACGGCUUAUCCUUCGCAGAUACCAAACUGGCCAACUUCGCCUAUUGCUCAGACAUAUGUGAUAACACAAGCGGCUCCCUGCGCUGUCACAAUGACGGUUAUCCAGACCCACUCAACUGCUCAGUCUGCAGGUGUCCAGAUGGUCUGGGUGGACGGACCUGUGAUACCGUAGCGCCAUCUACCGCUGAAUGUGGCGGUGUCCUGACAGCCAACCACCAGGUGGCGUAUAUUCAGUCUCCUGGUUACCCACGUGCGUAUGGCUCGGGCAUAGGAUGCCAUUGGCUGAUCCAGGCUCCACCUGGGUACCGGAUAUACUUUGAGUUCGUUGAUGAGUUUUCACUGACGGAGGAUGUACCUAACGACGCAUGCGUGAAUUUCGUGGAAGUCAGAUACUAUGAGAGUCUCAGUCACACUGGAGGAAGAGGUGUGUGGGGGCUGUUUGUCGAGCCCGGAACGCCAGCAGAAAGCAUGCGCCCGGACAGUCAGCUAUCCGUGUAUCCGGCAAUGGAAGAGCCGAAUACCUCUGCCGUGUAUCCGCUGGUGGGGCUGGAUCAUCACGGGCUGCGGAUAUACAUACAAAACUCGGACACGUGA